GCUGGUUCCUACUAUAGAGGGUACAACACAACACCCUUCUUGUAUCUCUCUCUCUUGUCAAGUUCUCCCCUCUUUUCUCUUGCUCAACUUCUCUCUACCUACCUAAACCCUACUUCCCUACUUUAACAGGGGGGAAGCAGGAGGGCUAAUCUACAGUACCGUAACUGGACUGGAACAUAGGAGCAAGAGCAGUUAUCCGCAGCUCAAUUGGAAAACGUGAAAGGUACCAGAAUCAUAUCAUAUUCUUGACACGCGACAACGAACUUGAACCCUCUCGCGGCAACUAGACUCCUCCUAACUUGGGAAAUUCCCGCUGCAACGUCGGCAACACCAGCCGCCAUGGCACUGGGAUUCUCUCUCUCGCUUAGUCAGCAUCGCCGCCGUACUAUCCUGACUACUAAGGAUGGUCAGGAUCGGAGCACCUGCCUUCUCCUCAUCUCCCUCGUCCUGCUCUCGUCCCUCCACGCCGCCUUCGCAUUUCGCUUCCCCGCGGGACUCCGCGUGGAAAAGCUGCGCGGAAUGAUGGGCGGAAAUGCGCGAGGCGGACGAUCGAACGGCCAGCAGCAGGGCAGCGGAAUGGGCGGAAGCGCGAUGGGUGGCGGGGGAAUGGGUGGCGGCGGAAUGGGAGGCAGCGGAAUGGGAGGCGAAGCAGGCAUGAGUCCUGGGGGGGGCAUCGGCGGAGGCAUGGAUGGUGGCAUGGGCGGAUGCACGGAUGGUGGUAUGGGCGGAGGCACGGAUGGUGGUAUGGGCGGAGGUACGGGUGGUGGUAUGGGCGGAGGCAUGGAUGGUGGUAUGGGUGGAGGCACGGAUGGUGGUAUGGGCGGAGGCAUGGAUGGUGGUAUGGGUGGAGGCACGGAUGGUGGUAUGGGUGGAGGCAUGGAUGGUGGUAUGGGUGGAGGCACGGAUGGUGGUAUGGGCGGAGGCAUGGAUGGUGGUAUGGGUGGAGGCACGGAUGGUGGUAUGGGCGGAGGCAUGGGGCGUUGAAGGGACGAGGAGAAUACACAUGGCCACAGUAGCGUCCUCAUGUGCGUCAGAUUGUGGCGUGUAUCUAUUUCUGUCAGACCUGGUAGGAGCUUGGCCGCAGCAGCACCUCCAGCCGAGUGCUUGCUGAGUGCUGCUUCGUCCAACCUCCUCACCCAAUGUAGUCCUUUGGUGCCCUGCAGAGCAUAUAGGCAGAGUAUUUGUGCUUGAAUUCUUAUUGGAACGGGUUUUCGUUGUUGGCGACGGUGAUGACGACGUCGCGGUUGAGUCGUUUCUCCUGUUGUACGAAGCGUCCCGAGGAGCACAUGUGUUGACCGCAGCAGCUGUCCAAGAACCAGGUGUUUCGCCCGGUGGGUUCGGCGUUGGCGACCGCAGCGUAUGUCGGGUUGACCUGAAGUCCUUGUGAGCGCGGCGGCGGGAAUUCCUCUUCGUCUGAUGUUGAAGAGCGCCUUGGGGAACUUGCUUGAGUGGAAGCAACUUGUGGGUCUGCUGCUCGGUAAACGCGAGGGCGGUUGCAGUUGACUUUGGAGUGUCCGGAAGUCUGGCAGUUGUGGCAGAACGGCGGCACGAUGUCGUUGAAUUGAGUUGAGUUGCAGUUUGUUGAUGGAGCGUAGUUGCUGGGAGUUUGAUCUCUGACCAGCUCUCAUACCAUGUUGGGCUGAGAAAAAGCCCUUAGGAUCUUUUGCAGAGACUAAGUCCCAGCUUGUAGAGACUUGAGACUUGGA